AUACUAUUCCUACCUUCCAAGCCUCAUUUCACAUCCAAAUAGAUCUCUUUCCAAAUAUAUAAUACAUAAAUGUUUUCCUCUUGAGCUUUCUCCACCAUUAUUACCUUAUUUUUUCUUUAUCUUCAAAUUAUGGUGUUCAAGAAAAUUGGUGAAGGAGUUCUCCAUGUUAUGAGUGAAGCCAUCAACAUACUUGGUCUACCUUUCCAAGGAAGAGACGAAGAAAUUGAAGAUGAAAUAAUAGAACUAUGUUAUGACAAAUAUUUUAGAACCACAAUGGCUGAUUUUUACCAUUCAAUUUGCGAUGCGGUCGAAGAAAUUAAUAGAAGGAAGGGACGUACACAAUUCAAGAUUCCAAGCACUGCAGCUAUAAAACGAGUAUAUCUGAAGCACACUGUGAAAGGAAAGAAAAUGACAAAGGAAAAAUUUGGAUUAUGUAUGCAUGAACUAUAUGGUGAAAGUGGAAUUACUGGAUUUGGAGCAAAAGAAACAUUAUAUUAUUUAUUUGGAGUACCAGCCACAGCAUUAUUCAUCAAAAAUAGAAUAAAACCACAAUCAAUUUCUGAUAAUGAUUUUAUUCCUGGUGUUACUUCUGCUACUGUACUUAUUCUUUCUAAAUUUAAUAAGAUCUAAAAAAUUAAUUUCU